AAUACGGUUAAGGGCUUCGGGAGCGAUCGGGCUACCGAGGGUCGGCACUCGAUCAUAUGCCGCGACCCGACACGCACAACAGUCUUGUAGCAUAUAUGUUAUUUAUAUUAGAAUAUAAGUGGUUGAUACAGAAGAGCCGCGUGUGUCUUUAAUAUCCUCAAUUGUGCACCUGUCUGAAACACAAAACUAAUUAUUAUAAGCAAAAAAUGUUUCGUGUAAAAAGAGCAGCUGCAUUACGAUGGACAAGUGCGUGGGCAAAUUUCAUUCGUUUGCAUACGAUUUCGCUUCAGUAAGCUCCGUCAGCUAGAGAAUGGAUGCGCCCAAUGCUUCGCGAAAGGAAUGAACAAGCGAGUCGGUUGCUAGCGUCUAUUUUACAAGAGGAAUUGGAUAAUACCAUAAUUAAUUUUAUGAGAUUGUCGAGAAACGAUUUUGAUUACCUUCUUAAGCAAAUUGGACCAAAGAUGCAAAGAAUGGAUACGAACAUGCGUUUAAGUUUGUCUGCCAAAGACAAGCUGAUAAUUACCUUGCGAUAUUUGGCUACAGGAGACUCAUACAAAACCCUUGAAUAUGCCUUCCGGAUUUCAGCACAGGCAAUCGGUCAAUUUGUGCCGCAAGUGUGUGACUGUCUUGUGGAAGUCCUUCGAGAGCAGGUAAAGUUACCCACAUGCUCCGACGAAUGGAAACGAAUUGCGCAAGGCUUUCAAGACAAAUGGAAUUUUCCACAUGCAAUCGGAGCAAUUGAUGGAAAACACGUUAUGAUAAAAUCUCCUCCACAUAGCGGAACCGACUAUUUUAAUUACAGAAGGCAUUUUAACAUCGUUCUGCUGGGUGUAGUUGAUGCCAACUAUAAUUUUAUCUAUGCAGACAUUGGCGCAAAAGGUCGAAUAUCUGAUGGAGGGGUUUUUAAAAACUCAAUGCUAUACAAAAAGCUUGAAAGAAAUGAAUUGGGAAUACCAAGCCCUGCCCCAUUGUACCAAACAUCUCGCAUCCUCGUCCCCUAUAUGCUUUUAGGCGACAAAGCCUUUCCUCUAACAAAAUACUGCCUUAGCCCAUUCAGUGGUUUCACGGAAAGAGGAUCGGUAGAGCGUAAUUUCAAUCUUCGUCAUUCAACUGCCAGGCGGUCUGUUGAAAUGGCUUUCGGGAUACUCUGUGGAAGGUUUCAAGUAUUAAGAAAGCCUAUCGAACUGCGUCAGGAAAAUAGAUUAGAAGAGAUUAGGAUGUACGGAGUCAGGAUAACCGUCAAUUUCUUUCCAAUGAAGAAGAGGAAAUAA